GAGCCAAGCAUUUGACGUCAACGUCAUCGAGAGGAACUCAAAUCGAAAUCCCCCACGAUCUCUCUCCCAUGGGCCAUGGACGAAUUUCGAAACCAACGGCUUUCAAAAUCAGAAGCUUCUUCUUUCUCUACGAGCGCAUUGUUUUUUUUUUUCUCUUUUUGCUUUCAGACAGAGAAGAGAAGGGUCUGAUCGUAUUUCUUUUAGAGUAACCCAUUUCGAUGGGAAGCAAAGCAUAUUCUCCUUCAGUUUCUGCCAUCGGACCGUAACUGCGAAGCCUUUCUCCUUUUACCCCCAGGUUCAACUGAGCAUACUUGGCAGCCGAAAAUGUCGGCCCAGACAAAUGUCCCCAGUUACUGGUUGAACUGGAGGUUCUUCCUCUGCGCCAUCUUCCUCUUAACGGCUAUCCUUCUUUCGUCUUUUCUGAUAUGGAAGUUGGAAUGUUCGAGAAAACGGAAAAAACGUAACGAUCAUCAUGAAUUUCCCGGUGUUGUAUGCGAAGAUGAGGCGUGGAAUACAUGUACCGAAGGGAUUCAUCCGAAUUGGUUGCUUGGUUAUCGAGCUUUCGGCUUCAUUGUUCUUCUGGGACUUAUCAGUGGAAAUGCCAUUGCAGAUGGAACAGGAAUUUUCAUCUUUUACACACAAUGGACUUUCACCUUGGUCACAAUCUAUUUCGGGUUGGCAGCCUCGAUGUCAGUCUAUGGAUGUUGUGUAAAACCAAAGAGAAAUAGCGGUAACAUCGAUAAUAGAGAUGAAGAGCGUGGUUCAUAUAGACCUCCCAUUGAUGGCGAAAUCUUCGACAUGAUCAAAGCUGCAAAUGCACAAGAAGAUUGUAUCUCCGAAUGCCAGAUCGCAAGCAUAGGAGGUUUCAUCCUUCAGAUUCUCUUUCAAACGUGUGCAGGUGCAGUGCUGCUCACGGACUGUGUGUUUUGGUUCGUUAUCUACCCUUUUCUGACGGCCAAAGAUUACAGUCUCGACUUUUUCAUCGUUAUCAUGCACUCUGUUAACGCAGUUUUCCUACUCGGAGAAACUUUCUUGAACUCUCUGAGGUUCCCUUUCUUCAGGAUUGCCUACUUUGUGCUAUGGACCGGCAUUUUCGUAAUAUUCCAGUGGAUAGUUCAUGCUUGCAUCUCCUUCUGGUGGCCAUACCCGUUCCUUGAUUUGUCGUCCCCAUACGCUCCUUUAUGCUGUGGGGAUAAUGCACGUACCAUGUUUCGGGAUCUUUGCAUUGGUCGUGAAGUUGAAGUACUUGUGGCUCUCCAAAUUGUGCCCGUGAAUCAACACGUUGUGCAUCCAGAUAAACCAAAAUUCUCGUUACGAGAACCAACAAAUUCUAUGAUUUUUUUUUCCGUAACGAUAUUGAUUGGCCGUAUAUAUGUGUGUGUAUAUACAUACAUAUACACACGGUUUUUUUGUGGUAUAUGGCGUCCUUUGUUGGAUAUGGAUAAAAUGUACCUGCAAUAAAUAUGAAACAAAAAGAGGGAUAAUAAGUCGGAUGGUUUUGGACCGUCUGUUGUUUAAAUGGAGUUAUUACAUAAUUUACGUUA